AUGGCAGAGCACACUUUCCGGGAUCAGGAAUUGAUUGGUAGCGAGAAGGCGGAGACGGCCCAGGAGGAACUGCUGCACCAUGGACAGCUGUCACCCGAAGAGCUGGCCAUUGAGAAGAAGCUGAGGUGGAAGCUUGAUCUGAGGAUCAUGCCGCUGGUGAUUCUGGUAUAUCUUAUGAACUACAUUGACAGAAACAACUACGCCGCCGCGCGCCUGCAGGGUCUAGAGGACGACCUCAACCUGGGCGGGGACCAGUAUCAAGUCGGCCUCUCCAUCCUCUUCGUCGGCUACAUUCUCAUGCAAGUUCCCUCAAACCUUCUCCUCAACUACGUGGGUCGGCCGUCCUGGUAUCUCGGGUUCUUUACGAUCGCCUGGGGGUUGGUCUCUGCCCUGACGUCGCAAGUGACUAGCUAUGGCGGCAUUGUGGCCUGUCGCUUCAUCCUAGGGAUCGUGGAAGCGCCGUUCUUUGCGGGCGUGCUGUUCUAUCUGUCAAAGUGGUACACCAAGGAAGAGCUGGCAAAGCGGAACGCCAUCUUUUAUUCCGGCUCGCUCGUCUCGGGCGCUUUUGGGAACCUCAUUGCGGCGGGCAUCUUGAAUGGGCUGGCGGGCGCUAGGGGGCUGUCUGCGUGGCAGUGGCUGUACAUCAUCGAAGGCGCCAUAACAUGCUGCAUCGGCAUCAUCAUCGUGCUCAUCCUCCCCGACUUCCCGGACACCUGGACCGCGCUCUCCGCCCCCGAAAAAAGCGUUGCGAACCGGCGACUCGCCAUCGACGCCGCCGAGGCCGACGUCGACUUAGCAGGCGGCAUGUCGCAGAUUCACGGCAUGAAGCUCGCCUUUCUCGACCCAAAGACGUACAUGCUGGCCAUCGCGUAUAUGGGAAUCACCGGGGCAGCCGGGUUUCAAAACUUCUUCCCCACGCUCACGAAAACGCUCGGAUAUAACCAGGUCGUGAGCUUGCUGCUGGUCGCGCCGCCGUACGUGUUCAUGGUGUUCUUCUCGUACGCGCACUGCUACGCGAGCGACCAUCUGGGGAACCGGUUCUGGUUCCUCACCUACCCGGUCUUCGUCUCCAUCGCCGGCUUUAUCAUCUUCAUGACCACCGACUCCUUCGGCCCGCGCUACUUCUCCUUCUUCCUCAUGAACUUCGUCUUUGCGCAGAACGGCACCAUCUACGCCUGGAUCUCCAACGCGAUCCCCCGCCCGCCCGCGAAGCGUGCCGUCGCUCUCGCCUUCAUCAAUUCCAUCGGCAACAGCGCGUCCAUCUGGACCCCGUUCACGUACACGCCGUCCAGCGCGCCGCACUAUCGGCCGGCGCUGGGCGUGUGCAUUGGGCUGGAGAUCAUUGCGCUCGUGUGCUUCGUUGGCAUGCGCUUUUAUCUGCAGUAUCAGAAUCGCCGGCUCGCGAGGCUGGAGCUGGAGGACUCGCAGCUGACGGAGCGGGAUGUGAGGAGGCUGGAGAAGACGGCGGAGUUUGAGGGGAUCGAUAUUGCGGCGGCGAGGGCGCAGCAGAAGGGGUAUCGGUAUAUGCUCUGA